ACUAUAAAUUUAUAAGCGUGUUCGAAUUCUUCUUCGCCCUAGCGAUUGUCAUAGAGAUACAGAGAGACACUCACUCCUCAAAGACAAAAUCUUCAUUUCAGAGCACAGUGUGAGCUCUCAAUCUUCGCGUUUGCUUCAUUGUUCGCCUCAAUUUUCAUGCAACUAUCAUUUUUAGAGAUGUAAUAAGAUUUACUUGCAGGGUUGCUUGUCUGGUUAGACAAUAGUGAAAAUGGAUUUUGAUGAGUACGAUUACCUGGAGCAAACAGUUGAAAACCCUGAAUCUCAUAAAGUUAAGGACACUGCCAAUGGUGGUGGUGAUGCCAAGAAGCCUGGGGAUAAAUAUAGCAGCUCCAGUUCAAAACGCAGGAGUAAUGAGAAGGAUGAUGAGGAUGAUUAUCAUCGCUCAAAGCAUUCAAAAUCUGGAGAUGAAUCGCGUGAUCAUGGCCAUUAUAAAGAAAAGGGUUCAUCUCGUCAUCCUUCACGAUCUGGAGAUGGAGAGAGGGACAGACAACGGAGUAACCGGGAACAUAGAGAUAAGGACAGAGGUAGAGAUAAGGAGGAGAGAAGUGGGAAAGAGAGGGGCAGGGAUAGAGAUCGAGAAUGUUAUCAUGAUCGAGACAGAAGAAAGCAUGAUCGUGAUAAUGAAAUGGACAGGGAAAGGGAAAGAAAGCGGCUGCGUAGAAGCAGGAGCCAAUCAGAAAGGCAUCAAACUGAUUUGGAUGAAAGGGAAAAAGAGAGGAGCGAGGACAGGGAGAAUAAAGAAAAAGAAAGGGAGAGGGAGAAGGAGUCAAGGGAAAGGGACAGAGAAACCAGAAGAUAUAAAGAAAAAAAGGAAGUUGCAGAGCCAGAAGCUGAUCCUGAACGGGAUCAACGAACAGUAUUUGCUUAUCAGAUAUCUUUGAAGGCAGAUGAGAGGGAUGUCUACGAAUUUUUCUCGAGAGCUGGCAAGGUGCGAGAUGUACGUCUCAUAAUGGACCGCAACUCGAGACGUUCAAAGGGAGUUGGGUAUAUUGAGUUCUACGAUGUGAUGUCGGUCCCAAUGGCCAUAGCACUCUCUGGGCAGCCUCUUCUUGGUCAACCAGUAAUGGUGAAACCUUCAGAAGCUGAAAAGAAUCUUGUUCAGUCAACUACAGUUGUGAAUGCAGGGUCAGGUGGACUUAUUAGCCCAUACUCUGGAGGGGCUAGGAGGUUGUAUGUUGGCAACCUGCACUUCAACAUAACAGAAGAUCUUCUUCGCCAGGUUUUUGAACCAUUUGGAACUGUAGAAUUGGUGCAAUUACCUUCUGAUGAAACUGGGCACUGCAAAGGCUUUGGUUUUGUUCAGUUUGCACGCCUUGAAGAUGCUAGGAAUGCCUUAAAUUUGAAUGGACAAGUAGAGAUUGCUGGUCGGCCAAUCAAGGUGUCGACUGUUACUGACCAGACAGGAAUGCAAGAAGGUGGGACCAAUGCUGGUGACUUCGAUGAUGAUGAAGGUGGUGGCUUGGCAUUGAAUGCAUGUUCUCGAGCUCUUCUGAUGCAGAAGUUGGAUCGCAGCGGCACUGCCUCGAGUAUUACUGGUUCACUAGGAACUCCUGCCAUCAGCACUGUCCAUACUGUACCAACAGCACCAAUCCUUGGUGCUGCACCUGUAGUUUCUCCUGUUGUUGCUCCUCUUAUGUCAGGUUCUGUUGGUCUACCAGGACUUACAGGUACACCAGUUGCUGCUGCACCAAUUCCUGCUGUUGAUACAAUUAGUAUCCCAAGUGAAUGUAUAUUAUUGAAGAAUAUGUUUGAUCCAAAAUCAGAGGCGGAACCAGACUUUGAUUUGGAUAUCAAAGAAGAUGUUGAAGAUGAGUGCUCUAAAUUUGGAAAUUUGAAGCAUAUUUACGUGGACAAAAAUAGUGCUGGUUUUGUGUAUUUGCGAUUUGAGAAUACACAAGCUGCUAUGAAUGCCCAACGGGCUCUUCAUGGAAGAUGGUUUGCUGGCAAGAUGAUCAUUGCAACACCAAUGAUGCCACAAAUCUACGAGGCCAAAUUCCCAGAUACCAGAUAGAAGUAUAGAUUUUGUUAUGCAAAUUACAUAAUUGGUUUUAGUUUUGGUAAGAUUUAUAAUUAGUUAAGACAAAAAAACUUUCUUUGUAUUUAAAUGUUGAUUUACUUCUAAAAGUCUAUUGUAUCUAUUUUUCAGUAAUGAACUUUAUCAAUGUUGUAAGUGGUCAA